GAUCACUCGAGCAUAACUAUAGCCGGGAGGAAGUGAGGUGACUGCAACCACACAAAACACUGGCGUAGCACAGCAAAGGGUGCUGAUCUCUCCCAUUCAUACCACCACAAGCUGGUCUGUGCUGUCUACAGAGGAGCCAUGGACCGCUACAGAUAUUUCAUAUUUAACCAGAGGAGUGUUGUGGUGCUGGGGAUCCUGCAGAUCGCCUGUGCUGGGCUGUGUGUGGUCUGUGGCUUCAUCGAUGCUGCUUUCAGGAAGGACACUACUCUGAGCAACACCAGGAUUCCUCUCUGGGCUGGAGUGAUAAUGGGCAUUCCAGGAGUCCUAGCUUUGUUUUCAUCGCAGAAGAAGAACCCAUUGCUGGUGACCAUCAUGACUGCUGCCUCUCUGUUCUCUUGUUUCACUACCAUGAUUAUAAUUGUCUACUGCUCCCUGACAUUAAGCUACGGAGAGGAGGAUGAUGAGCUCUUUCACCCUUAUUCACAUAUUCGGACACAGCAUGCAAAGUUUGUUCUCACUAAGCUUAUUCAAGGAGCCAAUUUGACCAUGCUGAUUGCCUGUACCUUUGGCAUACUGCUAGCUCUGUUCAUUGCCUUCACUGGCUACAGGAGCAUCCCGUACUGUGCCUGUUAUGACAGCGUCACUGGACUGGAGUCCCUGGAUCCAGAUGAUGACCAGAAUCUACAGACAGAGUUGGUUUGUACCCGGCUGGCAGGUGGCGACAGCAGGCUGUUCAAUGCUCCUGUGCAGCUCUAUGAACAAGAGGAGGAGAUUUCUUCUAAACCCCCUCCCUAUGUCAGACUGGUCUGAAAUGCAACUGGGCACACACGCUUUGAAUAUGCUGUGUGCACAUUUGUAAUAUUAGUCGAUUUUUUUUCUUUUAGUUUUUUUUUUUUUUUUU